UUGAUAGCAGCACCACCACCGUCUUUUCUGCCAAGUAUCAAUAGACAAGCGGGGAUAGCACCACAGAAUGUAAUUUUGGUACCAAUCGCCUAUCACGAUCACCAGCAUGAGAUGGUUCAGCUACUUGGACCACCUCAGACUAUUGUGCCAGUGGCCAUAGGACGACCUUCUGUAGCACCGAAUGGAGUUCCGCAACUGGCCGUACCGAUUACAGAACCAAUUCUAGUGCAAAGAAGUCUCUGUGGAGCAGUGCAACCGCCUCCACAACUGAAAUUCGCCAUUGGGGACUUGACAGUCACCAUUCCAGUACUUCCUGUAGGAAUGAGUGGACUAGCUGGACUUAAGCGCACCAUCGAAAGACCCAUUUCAACACCUUUGGAUUUAUCGAAAAGAAGAAGGGAAGAUUCUGGAAGCUCUGGUACCACCACUCCAGGAAAUUCAGUUCGCACUUCUCAUUCGGACAUAGAGAAACCGUUCCUUUGCGCAUGUGGUGUGUCAUUCUCAGCUGAUGAGACACUAAAAGCUCAUAAGCAGUACUAUUGUAAGAUGGUGGAGAGAAGAGAUGACAAUAAGGAACCACCGAAAAAGGUAGUAUAUGUUUGA